UGUACAUGCUCACACCUCCAUGGACUAAAUUGUACAGAAAUCAACAAUUAGCUUAUACUACACGUGAGCAGGCUAUGCAUUCACCAGGCAGAUAAUUUGUUAACUUUUAAUCAAAGGAGCUUCCACCGACACCCACUGGGCGCACUUUUUCGUUUUUGUUUUGUUUUUGGUUUUUUGUUUUUUUAAAGAAAACAUAUUACAAAAGAUCCUGCUGCAACAGAGAAAGUUCGGGGUGAUCGUAUUGGAUUAGAUGCAUGUCACUAAUUCUUUGCCUUUUGUAGGCUGAGACAAGGAGCGGCGCAGAUUCGAGAGACGGGAUCUAACGGAUUAAAGUGCGUAAAAAAAAAAAAAAAAAAAACAAGAUAAGGAAGAAAAAAAAGUUGCGCUUUCUGGUGUCCACGCAUCGUCAUGCCGAGGUACAACUUCUUACUGUGCUUGAUGGUGCUCAUCUCCCUGGGACAGUCGGGGAGCGAUGAGCCCAAUCUGCUGCUGCCUCCUGCCAGCGAGACGCCCACGGAUGCCGGGCUAUCGCUGCUGGAUGAGGACGCUGGUUCCCACGAGUGUUCCGCUUGUGUUUGGAGGGAGCAGAGCAAAGUCCUGAGACUGGAGACCAUUAAGUCUCAGAUCCUGAGUAAACUGCGUCUGAAGCAGGCGCCCAACAUCAGCCGGGAGGUGGUCAAUCAGCUGCUGCCCAAGGCGCCCCCACUCCAGCAGCUUCUGGACCAUCACGACUUCCAGGGAGAUGCUUCGUCCCAGGAUGAGUUUAUGGAGGAGGAUGAGUACCACGCCACCACGGAGUCCGUUAUUACUAUGGCCUCUGAGCCGGAGCCCCUGGUGCAGGUGAACGGGAAGCCAAGCUGCUGCUUCUUCAAGUUCAGCCCCAAACUGAUGUUCACCAAGGUGCUGAAGGCCCAGCUGUGGGUGUAUCUACGACCGCUGCAGCAGACCUCCACCGUCUACCUGCAAAUCCUGCGACUAAAGCCUGUCACUGAGCAGGGCAGCCGCCACAUACGCAUCCGCUCCCUGAAGAUAGAGCUCAACUCCAGGGUCGGUCACUGGCAAAGUAUUGACUUUAAGCAUGUGUUGCAGAACUGGUUCAAACAACCCCACACCAACUGGGGGAUUGACAUCAACGCCUUUGACGAGAGCGGCAAUGACCUGGCAGUUACCUCACUGCGACCCGGGGAGGAGGGGCUGCAGCCGUUUCUGGAAGUGAAGGUUCUCGAGACAACCAAACGUUCUCGGAGAAACCUCGGCCUGGACUGCGAUGAGCACUCCACUGAGUCUCGCUGCUGUCGCUACCCUCUAACUGUGGACUUUGAGGCGUUCGGCUGGGACUGGAUCAUUGCCCCUAAACGGUACAAAGCGAACUACUGCUCCGGCCAGUGCGAGUACAUGUUCAUGCAAAAAUACCCACACACCCACCUGGUGCAGCAUGCCAACCCCCGAGGCUCCGCUGGGCCCUGCUGCACCCCAACCAAGAUGUCCCCCAUUAACAUGCUCUACUUCAAUGACAAGCAGCAGAUCAUUCAUGGCAAGAUCCCAGGGAUGGUGGUGGAUCGAUGCGGCUGCUCUUAGGCUGCCAGAGGAGGCACAUACUUGUGUACAGCCCACAUUAAAUCACCCAAAACCCUUACUGAGCUGUCCCCUGGCACCAGAACCCACUCCUCGGCACCAGAUUUCACUUCUGCUCAGCCACAAAAGCAUUCCACUGGGUUUCCAUUUGUCCAGUAAUUAAAAUGAUUCUAACUGUACAAAAAAAGUUAAAAAUGAAAUAAGAAUCAAAACGGAACUGAGUGAUGGAAAUACAGUACGUUAUGAAUUAUUUAAAGAGGCUGUACUUGUGGAGCAGCUUUUGAAAGUGGUAAAUGAGACAUUAUAGAAUAUCUGUUAGUUUUGUGGGUUUUUAAAAUAUUUUUAAUGACAUCUUUGUGAAAUAUCCAGGUUAGUGGAUUGAAAUGACAGGAGACAGGAGCAUUUACAUUUUUUAGAGGAAUUCCAGUUUUAAGGUGAGUUUGCAAAUGCUUCAUUCCACAGAUACGUUUAUUUCCAAUGAGAUAAAAAUGGUCACAACGGG